CACAGUGAGCUGCUCUGACACGGUGAGAGAGAGCGAGAGAGAGAGAGAGAGAGAGAAGGAGAGAGAAGGUGAGAGAAGGAGAGAGAAAUGAGAAUCACAACCCCGCCAUCUCAGCAGCUCGCCGCAGAGAUCCCCAGGCGAGAGAGGAGAGUCGUGCUCAGCCAUCUUGCAGUGAAAAAAAACACGGGGAGGCACGGGAGGUCGACGCCACCGCCGUUUGACAGACAGAGAGUGAAGCAAGAAAAAAAGAGGCGGUUUUUGUGACGAGAGCCCAACGGUAGAAAGCCUAUUAGCUUUUUAGGGGGCUUCAGCAGUAGGAGGUGUAGACCCCUGCCGAUUCUCCAACGCCCUGACGAGUGGAGAAGUGACGAGGAGUGAAGAAGACAGCGGGCGAAGGGAGGAACUGUUGGGGUUAGUGAGGGAGGAGUUGUCUUUUCCUCAUAGUGUCACUAGUGAGGAGGCAGGAGCGAGUGCGUGUGGUCUCCCGAGAGAGAGCGAACGAGCGGGAGGGGGCCGGCUGACAGUGUGACAGGAAGAGCCAGACAGACAGGCGAUGUGCUGUUGACUGGAGUAUGCUACAGACUAUUUACGAGGGCGACUCCUGUUUCUCUGCAGACGGCUUCGGCAAACACCGGCUGCCUCUGGUCCUCCACGACGGCGACAUGCACAACGUCAACAACUCAGUGGACGUGAAGCCUGAGGUGCCCUUGGUUCUGGAGCCGGCAUCUCCACUGGACCUGCGGACGGACGGCAGGAUGCUGUCACUGGGCUCGGACCCGAGCAUGUGGGAAAGGCAGCUGCAGCAGGAACUGCUGCUCAUCCAGAAGCAGCAGCAGAUGCAGAAACAGCUGCUCAUCGACGAAUUCCAGAAGCAGCACGAGAGCCUGAUCCGCCAGCACCGGGCCCAGCUGCAGGAGCACCUGAAGCUGCAGCAGGAGCUCCAGGCGAUGAAACAGCAGCAGGAGAAGUUGGAGAAGGAGAGGAAGCUGGAGCAGCAGAACCAGGAGAGGGAGCUGGAGCAGCACCGGCGCCAGCAACAGAUCAUCCUCCUCAGGAGCAAGGAGCGCGCGCGAGAGAGUGCAGUGGCCAGCACAGAGGUGAAACAGAAGCUCCAGGAGUUCCUUCUGAGUAAAUCCACAAAGGACACAGCACCCAAUGGGUCAUGCCAUGCACUGACGCCAAACUCAAAACUCUGGUUCACGACCUCCCAUCACACCUCCCUGGAGCAGAGUUCACCUCCUCUAGGAGGAGUGUUACCCUCUUCCAAGUUCCCCCUGCCCUCCCUACAUGACAACAGAGACGAUUUCCCCUUGAGGAAAACAGCCUCAGAGCCGAAUCUGAAGAUGCGUUCAAGGUUGAAGCAGAAGGUUGCGGAGAGGAGGAGCAGUCCUCUUCUGAGGAGGAAGGAGGGACCCAUCAUGACGCCCUUCAAAAAACGAGCCCUGGAGCUCCUGGAGUACACAGCCAGCAGCAGUGCCCCUGGCUCAGGCCCCAGCUCUCCAAACGGUGCCUCCAGUGCCCUGGGGUCUGAAAACGGACUGUCAUCACUCCCAACCACCACUCGCACUGAGCGUUGGCCCUCACAGUCCAAGCUGCUGGGCCCCGAAGCCUCUACGUCCAUGCUGAGUCUUUACACGUCACCAUCUCUGCCUAACAUCACGCUGGGUCUCUCAGCCAACUCCUCCCCAUUGGGCGCUGGCCUGGGGCUGAAGGAGAAGCGUGGUGAAGGUGGUGGAGUGCUGGCCAUCCGGCAGGGUUUGCCCACUCAGCUCCUGGGUCCUGUGGCCCUUCCUCUCACGCUGGAGCCCAAAGCAAGCAGCAGCCAGCAGGCACUUCUGCAGCACCUCCUGCAAAAGGAGCAGCUCCGCCAACAGAGGAUCCUCUCCACUGGCCAGAGUGUAGUGCCGGUGCACCCUCCGUCUCCGCUGGCCAUGAAGGAGCACUCGGUGGGAGGCGUGAGGCCCAAGCUGCCUCGCCACCGCCCCCUGAACCGCACCAAGUCUGCCCCGUUGCCCCAGAGCAUGCUGGCCCAGCUUGUUAUCCAGCAACAGCAUCAGCACUUCCUUGAGAAGCAGAAACAGUAUCAGCAGCAGGUCCACAUCAAUAAGAUGCUGUCUAAGUCCAUUGAACAGCUGCGACAGCCUAACAGCCACCUGCACGAGUCAGAGGAGGAAGAGGGGAGAAACCUGUACGAGCAAGCCAUGCAGGACAGCCCGCCCUCUGCUGGAGUCAUCCGGAAGUGCAGCCCAAGCCACAGCAGCAGGAGCAGCAGUGCGAGUUUGCUUAGUGAAGAGGUCGAUGCUCACCCCGGGGUUAUUAAAGUGAAAGAGGAGCCAGCAGACAGUGACAGUGAAACACAGGCCAGAGAGAGCCUGGCUGAAAAGCAGAGCACUUACCUUCACCAGGUCAAAGGAAGCCUGGUAAUACGGGCCAUGAUCUGAUCUUAGGCAUGAGCAGAUGCACUUACUCACACACUCACACACUCACACACACACACACACACGCGCGCGCACACACACACACACACACACAGGCAUGCACGCAUGCACGCACACCACCCACAUGCUCAGAGCCUCCACCUCAAGCCCUUCUGGACCGUUUUCAUUUGUGAACUUGUGAAGUGAUCUCUGUAUUGUAUGUUGUAAUGUUCUGUACAUAAUACGAUGAAGAAGAAAAUAUAGAAAAUCCAUCAUGGUAAAUCUUUUGAAAUCUGAAGAGAAGUCUUUCUUUGUUAGAGGUAUUUUGAAAUGUAAUUACUGCCCUUUCUACUUUCUGUCCACCAACUGGAGAAGAGCUGCACCAAGCUCCUGUAUAAUAAUCACUCUCUUUUCAUGCUCUUUUGAAAUUUGCGUAGCUUUAAUUUUGGAUGAAUUCCAUUAUUAUGACCUACUUCAGUUUCAGACUGCAACAGCCUAACACGUCACCUGCAGAGGGUCUCUGUUAACCGUCACUUCCGUGUUCAUCGCGAGGGGACGGAGGAGGUGAAGUGCAGUGCCGGCCUUGUUGCUGUACCUGCUGCGAGAGGUGUUGUAGAGCAGGUCUAGGAUCUGCUCUGCGCUCUGCUUGCCCCAAUAACCCCCCCCUCGGGAGGCCUGAAUCAAAGCUGCCGCCCUAGACUCAGAGCAGAGUGCGGCUCCUCGGCCCAGGCGCAAGGUGGGGGGGGCUCGAGCAGGAAAUGCCUGGUGGAAGCCAGGAAUCAGAGUGAUUCAUGAGAGCAGGAAUGCUGGGAGAGGAUGAGUCCGCCUCCACCGAGUCCAAGAGGCCAGCCGUGAGCCCUGAUUUACUGCUGGGGCAAAUUACAAAGAGAGUGGGGAAACAGUGGAGGGAGCCCCCUUUUUAAAACCAAUCAUUUCCUCCUUUUCCCCCAGCGACAUGUUUACCUCCACAUGCAGGUUUGAUGUUUGACAGAAAAGGACGAUUGUUCCUCUCUCGCUUUCCGUCUGUCGGCCCCUCCCAAGGUACGUCUGCUCACCGCUGUCGGUUUCCCCUCUCAAAGUGCCCGGCUAAGCGUAGUGUUACGGAACACGCAGGUCUCUGGUUGUCUGCAUCGCUUGUCCGUGGCCAACAUCGUUCCUGUUCACAGCCAUUACGUGUCCUGUGUUUGUAUUGUCUACAUAAAAGCAUUAGUGUGGAUAAUGCAUGUGAGGUCCUAUAAAUCAACACUGCCACAUAGAGGAAUACUUGUUCACUAUGAAAUAAUUUUCGCCGCGUGAAUGAUCGUACUGUCUGUUAAGGCAAAGCAUUCUGAGCAGGCCUGUCCAUGUCCUUUUCUGCUGUUCCUCUGUUCUGGCUCUGUCAACAUGUUCUCUUUGUAUCUGUUUGUAUGUGAUGCCUUCUUGCCUUGUCACAAACUUCCUUCUUUUUAAAAUAAAGUCCAUUCUCAGCUGA